AUGUCUGACUGGCGACGGGACGAAGAAGAUGACGGGGAUCUGGAGAUCGACGAAACCUCAUACAAAACGCAAAAAGAUGCUGUAUUGCUUGCAAUUGAAGUCAGCCAGUCAAUGCUCAAGGCCCCUCCACCUUCAGACUCGAAAAAAGCAGACCGGGAUAGCCCCGUUCAAGCUGCGCUGAAAUGUGCAUAUCACUUCAUGGAGCAACGCAUCAUAUCCAACCCCAAGGACAUGAUUGGAAUUUUGCUCUUUGGCACAGAGAAGACAAGAUUUCAGCUUGACGAAAAUGGAAGAAGUGGCCUGGGAUACCCCCACUGCUAUUUGUUUACCGAUCUGGACGUGCCCUCUGCAGACGACGUCAAAGCCUUGAGAUCUCUUGUCGAAGAUGAAGAGACUGACGAUGAUAUCCUAAAGCCGACUACUGAAACCGUUUCUAUGUCAAACGUGCUAUUCUGUGCCAAUCAGAUCUUUACAACCCGCGCCGCCAAUUUCGGAAGUCGGCGACUGUUUCUGGUGACAGAUGAUGAUAACCCACAUGCCACGGACAAAGCCGCCAGAUCAGCCGCCGCCGUGCGUGCCAAGGAUCUGUAUGAUUUGGGGGUGUCGAUAGACCUAUUCCCAAUUUCGCAUCAUGACAGCAAGUUCGAUCUGGCCAAGUUCUACGAUGAUAUCCUAUAUCGGGAUCCAUUGGCUGAGGCAAACUCUCCAGAGGUUGCGGUCUGCAAGUCGGGAGAUGGACUCAGUCUCCUCACUUCACUUAUAUCAAACAUCAACUCAAAGCAAACUGCGAAACGAGCUAUAUUUUCCAAUCUGCCAUUUGAGAUUGCACCUGACCUGCAGAUAUCUGUCAAAGGCUACAAUAUUAUACACAGACAGGCGCCGGCAAGAACUUGUUACAUAUGGCUAGACGGCGAAAAACCGCAGCUGGCUGUGGGUGAAACGACCCGGAUCGCCGAAGAUAGCACACGCACUGUUGAGAAGGGCGAGAUAAAGAAAGCAUACAAGUUCGGCGGCGAGUACGUGUACUUUUCGUCUGAGGAGCAAAAGAGCCUCAAGGACUUUGGUAGUCCUCUUAUCCGCAUCAUUGGCUUCAAAUCUCGUCGCUCAAUUCCGGUGUGGAGUAGCAUUAAGAAAUCGACAUUCAUAUACCCAAGUGAAGAGGGUUACGUCGGCUCUACGCGCGUCUUCACAGCGCUAUGGGAAAAGUUGCUCAAGGACAAUAAGGUGGCUCUUGCCUGGUGUGUGGUACGAGCCAACGCGAACCCGAUGCUUGCCGCCAUCAUGCCCUCAAAGUCGCAGUCCGACGAAGAGUCCGGAACGCCAUUUCUGCCCGCUGGACUGUGGUUGUACCCUCUUCCCUUUGCAGACGAUCUCAGGGAAAUCAAGCCCCCCGGACAGUUGGCCCAGGCGUCCGAUGAUCUCAAAACUCGGAUGCGUACCAUUAUUCAGCAGCUACAGCUGCCAAAGGCGAUGUAUAACCCGACCAAAUACCCCAACCCAUCGCUGCAAUGGCACUACAAGAUUCUACAAGCACUUGCUCUUGAGGAAGAGGUUCCCGAAACUGCCGAAGACGCCACCUUGCCCAAGUUCAAAGCCAUCAGUAAACGUGCUGGCGGAUAUCUUGAGGAAUGGUCAGAGGCCCUUUCAAACGAGGCCAAGUCUACCACUGAAUCAAGGGCGGUGAAGAGGGAAGUUGAUGACGAACUGCCUGAGCGGCCAGCAAAGCGCGGAAGGACGGCUUCGGGUCAACCAGCUGGGUCUAGUCUGACCCCGGUUCAGGUGAAGGUUGCGAUAGACGAUGGGUCAAUUUCGAAGAUGACGGUUGCUCAACUAAAAGAUAUUGCCGGGGCAAAGGGCCUAAGUACCAGCGGAAGAAAGGCUGAUAUUAUUGAGAGAUUAGAGCAGUGGGCGGAAGAGAAUUGA